CCUUGAAAAAUGAAAGUAGAAUUUUCAGUCAGAUGAUCAUGUAUCAUUGUAGUUGACGUGUUGUUAUUGUUCUUAACAACGUUUAACGGUAAGUGUUUGCAUUCAAGAAAUUUUCAGCAUGGCAGAAUGCCAGAUGGAGAGAGGUUCUCGGGGAGCAAGACCUCGUCCCCAAAGGCCACCCCCAAUAAACCAAAGCAGGGACAACAUUACAGACUUAAAGUCAUUCCAGAAGUUACAUGAUUCUGCAUUCAAAGCUAUCAACAAAGGACUUGCUUUGGAUGAGGAAUCAAAUAUCCCACUUGCUUUAACCAACUACCAGAAAGGACUAGAACAAAUUGAGAAAGGACUAGUGAUAAAUGCAGAAAAUUUGAAAUGUUCAGAAGAUGAGAAGAAUGAAGUGAAAUUAAUGCAGCAGAAAAUGACAAAAACUAAGCUUCAGAUUGAGUAUCGAGUGCAGUCUUUGACUCAGACUAGGAAUGGAUCUAUGGAAGUUGAGGCCCCUCCAUCCUAUGAGGAGUCCAUCUCCUCCCCAGGGUCAGUGUCAGAUGAAGCUUUUAUUUCCUUGGGAGAUUCUAUAAUGGGUGACCAGUCAUCUGAUGACACUCUCUCAGCUAAUGCAGAGGAGAUCUUUAAUAUACCUGAUGGAGUACAGAUAUUUUACAUCACACCAGAGGGAUUUGUUAGUGCUCCUUCUUACCCAACCUCCCUGAGAAUAUUCCGGUUUACAGACCCACCUCCUGCAGAAGAUCAGAAUAGACCCCCAGCAUUUCUGAAAGUAGACAAUUGGAUGUACCCUUUGGUUCCUGGAAUGUCCCCAGCACUGCAUGCUACAAAUGGUUCAUACAUUUUUCCUGAUGUAACUGCAUCCAGUGAAGGGUCCUCAGUUGGCUUGAUUUUGCCCCCUGAUGCGACCCCAAGACAGAGACAACAGUUUGAACAAACUUUGGCGUCAAUGACAGCUCUGCUGGAUCAGACUACACCAACAGCCCCACCCCUGGAGCAAGAGCCCUCAGCACCACCCAUGCAAAUCGAGCAAGAAGCUACCCACAUAUCUACAAAAGGUGGUGUUACUGUGGCAGAAUCAGAGGUAACUGUGAAGGAGAAAACCGAAGAAGGAACAUCUACAAAGAUAGCCAAGGGCAUCACAAUAGCCUCUCAGUGGAUUUCCUGGGGUCUGGAGAAGGGGUCAGAGAAAGCUGGACACUACAUAAAACUAGGAUCCGAGAAAUUAAAGGGACAUCUAGUUCCUGAACAGCCCAAACCAGUCGACCCAAAGCUGCAGAAAGGAGCAGAGUAUGCUAGGAAGGGGGCUCAUGUCGCUGUGUCUGUCAGCUCAUAUGUAGUGACAAAGUUGGGUCAGGCUACAGUGGCAGUAGCUAGAGAGGUGGCGCCACAUAUCAGAAAACAAGGGCAGAAACUCCUUCCAGAAUCUGUCAAAAGCAAGGCAGGUGCCUCUGGCAGUAAUCCUAAAGUGGACAAAGUCAUAGACGGCACAGUGGAGGUGGCAGCCUCCGGACUUAAAGGUUUUGGGACUGUUUUUAUGUCACUAGAGGCAGCUGCUAAAGCCCUGGCUAGAAACCUGGCUAAUGAGACCGUUACCGUGGUCAGUCAUAAGUAUGGAAGUGAAGCUGCCAAGCUAUCGGAAAAUGCCUUGUAUACAGUAGGAAAUGUUGCCAUGACAGCUUACAAUGUAGACAAUCUGGGUGUAAAGGCCAUCGCAAAACGAGCAGCUAAAGAGACAGGAAAAGAGUUAGUAAAAGACAUUCACAAGGAGUGGAAAGACGGCAGCAAAAACUCCAGUUAUCAGUACUCAGCAUUAAAAGACCAGCAGGAAAAACGUCCUUAGAUUUAUAGCUGUGUAUAUACUGUCAUUAUAUCAAUGUUAUUUAUAUGUGGUGUAAGAAGCAUUCCUGUAGGAACUCUGUUGAUCUGUAAUUCUGUAUACUACUAUAAUACUGUGUGACAUUAGUUUUAAAUUGAAAACAUAGUUAUAGACUUUUUCUGACCUAAGAAGGGUUGGACCCUAAACUGUGAUAUCUUUCAAAAGAUAGGUCGAGUAGAACCUUCCAGUAAUUUUGGUUUAAUGAAAAUCUGAGAUAUUUUAUCAAACUGAAUAUAAAAAAAAAAUUGUGUAAUAUUAGACAUUUUAAUUUAAAAUACAUGUAUUCAAUAAUAUUUUGCUGAAAUUGACCUACUGUCUUGUUUGCCUGAAUAUGCAUAUAUAAAACUACUUUGUAUCCAAUUUAACUAUAUUUGUUAAUAUGUACAAGAUAGACUUCAUUUUUUCUAUCAAAUGACUUCCAAACACACAAGUUGUUGAAGACACAAAAUCUCAUUUUUAUUGUCUUUUGUACUUCUAAACCAAAAUUACAACAGAAAUAAAAAUUUUCGCUA